CGAGAGGUCAGAGGCCGGGCAGCAGUGUUUUCGAGCAUCUCGCUCUUGUCAGUGGAGCCGACAAGUGUUGGGGGAAAUUACCGGGCUCGUGUGUGUGAUAUGUAUUCCGAGAGUGCACUAUUAUAAAACACCUUCUUAUGGAAGAAUAGAGCCAGGGUGUUUUCAGUCAGUGUAGCUGUUGUACAAUUCAUGAAGACGUCCUUUUCUCUCUCAUCGCUAACUGAGAAUCGCCAAUGAGGUCUACGGCAGUCGACACCAGCAGUGUACAUUUCGAUCAGGGAUUAUCGUGCGAGGAAGCAUGUUGGUUAUAAAGGUAGCACCCAACUCCUCGCCAACUCUACCGAAAUGGGACCAAUCAAAUAUGAAAUCGUCGUGCGCUACCUCUUCCUCAUACUAGCAUGCAUAUUUCAAGGUAUAAGUUUGGACUUGCGAGGGAGGGAUGUGAUUGACCUACUGCAGUCUCUGAACGCAUCCCAACAACUUGGUCACAGCUAUACAUCAGGCCAUAACAACACCCCUGUUCUUGUGCUAGAAGACUCGGCACGCUACUUAAAACUUCCAGAGCAGGUGCUCACAAGGGCUUUAAAAUUUAUGAAAGAAAAUAAUGAAAUAACAUUUUUAGCAACAGUUCGACAAGAAGUGGGCGAUUCGGGUAGCAUCAUUGCAUUUUCUUCAGAUAUUAUAAGAUUUUUAGAAUUAGAGAGCAGUGGGCGGAGGAAUGAACUGCGCUUUCACUAUACCCAUGACCACCAAGUACAAGUUGAAACAUUCCCUUAUAGACUGGCAGACAAUAUGUGGCACAAGCUGGCACUCAGCCUCAGUGGCACUCGUGUCACAAUACUUGUGAACUGUAGUAAAAUCUAUGAACGGGUGAUAAAAUCAGUAGAUAAAGAAUUUACAGCAGGAAAACUUUCACUUUUUAUUGGCCAAAGAAAUGGUCAACAUGCUCUGUUUAGGGGAGCAUUACAAGAUGUGAAAAUUGUCACACAAGCACAUGGGUACUUAUUACAAUGUCCCCUCCAUAACACAGAUUGUCCUACCUGUGCCCAGUACCAAGAUUUAGAAGCAAAGGUGGAACAAAUGUAUACAUUAUAUGAAAAUUUAUCAGUAAAGCUUCUGCAGGCAGAAGAGAGACUGACAGAUUUGGAAAAAUGUGAAUGCCAAAAAAAUUGUUAUGAUAACAUGACAGUCCAUAAAGAAGGGGAUGUGUGGAGUCUGGAUCAGUGUACUCUCUGUGAUUGUAUGAAUGGUUCGAUUAAUUGUAAAAAGCUGGACUGUCCUGGAGUCCUUUGUAAGCACCCAGUGUACAAAGAGGGAGAGUGCUGUCCUGUCUGUCUCAAUGAUUGUUACUACCUAGGAGAGUAUUAUGACCAUGGGGAGAGUUCUAUACCCAGGCCUUGUGUUAUCUGUAUGUGUAAUGAUGGUAAUAUGAUCUGUGAAAAAGAAGACAGCUGCCCGCCAUUAAAUUGUUCAGAAGAGGAUCAGUUGUCUGUUCAAGGGGAAUGCUGUCCAGUGUGUAGAGGCACAGAUUUCUGCUCUCAAGGCCACGACUGCCAUGUCAACGCCACAUGUGUCAACUUGGAUACUCGCUAUGCUUGUCAGUGUAGGGCUGGUUUCCAUGGGGAUGGGAGGGAGUGCGAAGAUGUUGACGAAUGCUUGACCGAGGGAGGAAGAAAUGGUCACCACUGCCAUGGCAACACAUUCUGCGUGAACACAAUUGGUGCAUACCGAUGCCAGUGUGCUGGGGGUCACAAAAAGGGGAGGAACGAUGACUCAAGUGACGACUUGUGUGAAGAUGUGGACGAAUGUGACACUGAGGCCCAUACAUGUGGUGAGCAGGCAGUAUGUGUGAACACAGCCGGAAGUUACAUCUGCCAGUGUCAGACCGGCUACUCCCUCCAGGGGGGACAUUGCCAGCCCUCUUGUUCUGGAGAGUGUCAAAAUGGCGGCCAUUGCAUUGCUCCAGAGACAUGCUCCUGUCGUCAUGGUUAUAUGGGUCCUUUUUGUGAAAUAGAUGUUGACGAAUGUAAUUUGGCUAUAGCCACUUGUGGCCCCCACUCGUUGUGCAUGAACUUGCCCGGUUGGUACCAUUGCCAGUGUGAGGAGGGAUAUCACAGUCUGUGGACAGACAACCAGUAUGGCCGGCUCUGCUUAGAUAUUAAUGAAUGUACUGGGGAGGGGGAUGGCCAUACCUGUCAUCCCAGUCUGACAUGUGAGAAUACAGAAGGGGGUUAUCAGUGCUUGUGUCCUCACCCAAGGGGCAACUGUGUCUUCAACUGUGUGUAUGAUGGGGAGGAACAUGAGGGUGGCACUAACUGGACUCAUACAGAGGAGCCGUGUACCCAGUGUACUUGUCAGAAAGACCUUGACAAAUUUAGUGUGCUAAGUUUUAGUUUCAGUCUAUACUUCAAUAGCCUAGUGGCUCAGUUGGUCAGCUUAAUGACCCAGGAGUCUCUCACCAGUGCGGUGGCUGCUGGUGUUACGGAGUGUCAUCAUAAGACAUGCGACUGUAGCGCCCCAACAGUGAACUACAAGUGCUGCCCCCAUUGUGACUUCAACUCCCAGUGUAACCACCAAGAGUUACCUCUCUUGCUCCAGAAUGGAGAUCAGUGGCUAUUCCAGUGCCAGAUCUGUGAAUGUUUGGAUGGUGAGAUUGACUGCUGGCCAAUGGAUUGCCCCACUGUUACCUGCCAAUCACAAGUACAGUUGCCAGGCGACUGCUGCCCUCGAUGUGCUGAAGAUAACCCUUGUCUAUUAGAUCAGUCUGUGGGGGGCAUGGACCUGUCGCAAUCAACCUGUGUCUAUAAACAGUUCACCUAUCCAAACAGUCAUGUCUGGACCCUCGACAAUGACCCCUGUACAUUUUGUGAGUGCAAGGCUGGUCAUAUUUGUUGUGCUUUCAACCAGACAUGUGUUUAGGAGAAUAAGCUGAUAAUAGUCCUCUUGAGCUCUUUGGAGAAUUAACCUACAUUGGUGAUAUCCUUUGGAGAAUUAAUCUACACUGGUGAUAUCCUUUGGAGAAUUAACCUACAGUGGUGAUAUCCUUUGGAGAAUUAACCUAGAGUGGUAAUAUCUUUUGGUUUGAGAUAUAUGGAGAAUGCCUUACCAUGUAACAUCUGUCUUGAGCUCUAUUGAGUAUUAACCUAGACUGGUAAUAAUAAUACUGGGAUUAUCUAGACUGGUAACAUCACCCUUCAAAUAUUGGAGAAUUAGUAUAGACAGGUAACAUCACUCUUCAGAUAUAUGGAGAAUUAGUAUAGACUGGUAACAUUACCCUUCAGAUAUUGGAGAAUUAGUAUAGACAGGUAACAUCACUCUUCAGAUAUUGGAGAAUUAGUAUAGACAGGUAACAUCACCCUUCAGAUAUUGGAGAAUUAGUAUAGACAGGUAACAUCACCCUUCAGAUAUUGGUGAAAUAGUAUAGACAGGUAACAUCACCCUUCAGAUAUUGGUGAAUUAAUAUAGACAGGUAACAUCACCCUUCACAUAUUGGAGAAUUAGUAUAGACAGGUAACAUCACCCUUCAGAUAUUGGUGAAUUAAUAUAGACAGGUAACAUCACCCUUCACAUAUUGGAGAAUUAGUAUAGACAGGUAACAUCACCCUUCAGAUGUUGGUGAAUUAGUAUAGACAGGUAACAUCACUCUUCAGUUAUUGGAGAAUUAUCCCAGACAUGUAACAUCACACUUCAGAUCUCUGGAGAAUUAUCCCAGACAGGUAAUAUAUCACUCUUCAAAUAUUGGAGAAAUAGCCUAGAUCGGUAACAUCACCCUUCAAAUAUUGGAGAAUUAUCCCAGACAGAUAACAUCACACUUCAUAUAUUGGAGAAUUAUGCUGUGUUCAGUAUCAUUCGUACAGUUUCGCCAGUCUUUGCCAUUGAAACAAGAUGGUGACUGCAUAGGCAGUUCGUUCUUCUGUCCUGCUGGCAGUAUCUUGUUGCUGUUGUUGUUUUAUCACAGUGACAUUGAAGACAUGCAUGGACAGAGGAUGUGAAAGUUUAUAAACUGUUUGGUAUACUUGUUCCUCGUCCGCAAACUUUGCUGAACUUCCCAAGGUGAAGGUUACUACAAACUUGAUCCUUCAGUAUUAUCCUGUACAUUGGUAACAUCACUCUUCAGAUUUAUGGAGAAUGGCAUAGACAAAAUAUUGUCAAGCAUUUUGCAGCUACUUUUCUUGAAACACUCAGCUACAUUUUUGUAUUUG